AUGUUCUUGGACGCGUUUUUGGCAAACAUCGCGAGAAUACAAUAUGCCUUGUCGACUCUGGCAGAGUUGCAGCUCACCGCUUUCAGAUAUCCACAGUCAGAUACUGGCAUACGAGAUGGAGCAACAUUUGACUUUGUGAUCGUGGGCGCGGGCUCAGCAGGCAGCGUGCUGGCCAACAGGCUCACAGAAGACCCGAGGGUGACGGUGCUGCUGAUAGAGGCAGGCCCCGACCCGCCCAUAGAGUCCAAUAUUGCAGGUUUAUCCCCUUACCUUUUAGAUUCAUACGUAGAUUGGACUUAUACUUCAGAUAAAGAUCCAGAAGCAUUUCCAUGUCUCGCAGACUACAGAUACCGCGCGCACCAAGGCAAAACGUUGGGCGGCUGCAGCAGUAUCAACGGAAUGUAUUAUGUUCGUGGACAUCCCGAAAAUUUCAACUUAUGGGCCAGAGUUGUAAACGAUCCGUCAUGGAACUACUCUAAUGUGCUUCGAUAUUUUAUGAAAAGUGAACGACUUGAAGAUGCCGAUAUUCUGAAUUCUGCUGAUGGAAAAUUCCAUGGCACUCAGGGAUAUCUUGCCAUCACCAAGGUCAAUAAUAGUGAUUCAGAAAUAUUCAAAGAAAUUUUUCAAGAAAUGGGAUACAAGGUCGUUCGAGACAUAAAUGGAAAUGACAAUAUAGGAUUCUGUGACCAAUUGGUGACAUUUGCAAGCGGUCUUCGUCAAAGCACAGCCAACGCAUUUUUGUCUCCCAUCAAAAAUCGCCCUAAUCUAUACGUUUUAAAGAAUACCCUCGCAACAAAAGUGAAAUUUAGUGGAAAUACUGCAACAGGUGUUGUAGUGACUGAUCAUGACAAUAAUACAUUUACAAUUUAUGCAAGAAAAGAAAUUAUAAUUUCGGCAGGAUCUGUAAGCAGUCCGCAGCUGCUGUUGCUAUCUGGGAUUGGCCCAAAAGAACAAUUGCAAAGUUUAGGUAUAAAAGUAAUAGUAGAUCUUCCCGUAGGAGAAAAUUUACAAAACCACCACAUCACAUUAUUACUGAUUCGCAUUCCAGAAAGUCCAACAUCAAUGCCUAGUUUGGAUCCGAAAGAGAAUCCAUCGAUUAGUGUCCGACCGUUUGCUGUGGAAGACGAUUUGGAAAACUUAGUGAGCAAUGUACAAGACAUAGGUCGGAUUGCAAAUACGAGUUAUAUGAAGAGUGUUGGAGCUGAGCUGAUAUCGUUGCCAAGUUGUCAGGAUUUUGCGGAAGGGAGCCGGGAGUACUGGAAGUGUUACGUGCAGUGCAUGAUCAGUUCAGGGUUCCACUUCGUUGGUUCUUGCGCGAUGGGCUCUGUGGUGGACAGCCGGCUGCGCGUGCUCGGGGUAAACAGACUGAGGGUGGUAGACUCCAGCAUCAUGCCUUACAUCACCAGUGGGAACACCAACGCGCCCUCCAUCAUGAUCGCUGAGAAAGCGGCUGAUAUGAUCAAGGAAGCCCACAAUAUGCGUUGUUGA